GCUGGGCCCCAACAUAUUUUGUUUAUUUCCAAUUGUGAAAUUAACGGGACUUUUAUAGUUACUUUUUGAAAAAUGUUGGAGGCGCGAUUAGGACAAACCCUUCUUCUGAAGAAGAUCGUAGAGGCACUAAAAGAGAUAAUCUCGCAGGGCACGUUGGAUUGCAGUGACUCUGGCCUGCAGCUUCAAUCUAUGGACAACUCUCAUGUCUCACUAGUGGCUCUGAGUCUGCAAAGUGAUUGUUUCGAGAAAUUCCGUUGCGAUCGGAAUGUAUCACUUGGACUUGACCUCAAAUCCCUGGCCAAAGUACUUAAGUGCGCCAACAGCGACGACACUGUGACCCUCAGCGCUAGCGACAAACCGGACAAGCUCCUCCUCAGCUUUGAAUCAGGAGAAAAGGAGCGCACCGCGGACUAUGAACUAAAGCUACUCAAUCUGGAUGAGGACCAUCUGGGAAUACCUGACACCGAUUACUGUUGCACUAUUCAUAUGCCAUCCGCGGAGUUCGCUCGCAUCUGCCGGGACAUGAGCAUGUUCAGCGAAUCGGUCACGAUAGCCUGCUCCAAAAAGGGCAUCCAAUUUUCGGCCAACGGCGACUUAGGAUCUGCUAAUAUAAAGCUAAGUGAAGGCAGCAAGGGGGACGUAACCAUCGAAGUGGAUGACCCUUUGACACAGACCUUUGCUGGAAGGUAUCUGAACACAUUCACCAAGGCCACCCCUCUGACAGAGCGUGUAAAGAUUUGCCUAUCCGCCGAGGUUCCACUGCUUGUGGAAUAUGCCAUCGAAGAUUAUGGUUACAUUCGAUAUUACCUGGCCCCAAAAGUGGAUGAUGCCGAUGUAUAGGCAACUGACUGACAUCAUGUGCAAUAUUUUUA